CCAACUUGGUGUGACCACAGUUGACUAACUUUACAUUUAAGUAAAGGGAGACUGUGUCGCAGGCAUUUUUGGGAGUACAUUAGCUCUCCUGCUAGCUGCUGCUGUCCCAUCAGCUGUUGUCACUCAUAUCUGCUGCAGCUUUUUAAGUCAAGAUCAGAAUUCUGUACAGUCCACAUGUUAGAUCAGUGCAUCUCUCCUCCAGAGGGACUGGCUGUUUAUCUCUACAGUGUUAAGAUGAGAUGAUAAAAUAGAAUCCACAGAGUUAAGUUUAGAUUUAUUUAUUUAUUUGCUCUGAAAAGUCUUCAUGGGGACGAGAGGGUCAAGAGGUAAAAACUAGUAAUUCAGUGUUUGCAAAGAAAUCUGCUUCGAGUGCAACACAUACAGUUUACAUACUGCUUCCACUAGAUGCUGAUUGCCGAAGCGUUUCAAUGACCUACAAUGUAUUUUUCCCUUAUAGUGACUGGCAAUACCUCAGCAUCCGGAUGCGAUACACAAAGCCCCUUACCUUUUCUGGUAUUAACGGUGCCACGGUUCUGGGUAACUGACGGGACAAUUUCAAAGAGUUAAAGUGUCAGGAAGGUUUGUGUCACUGCUUGGAAAAACUCAGGCUUCCUGUUCACUUAGUGUUGGGUUUUUUUCCUCCUCCGGUCUUUUCCUGAGGUGGAGUCUUCUCUUGGAUGUGGGAGGAGACGGGGGAGAGUCUUAUAGCUUGAAGAGCAGAGACUCCCUCCAGGUUAGUGUUCAUUUGGCUCAUACACAAGUACUGGCUCACUGGCAACUCGCAGCAGCUGAGAACAGCUUUGCACGCUCGGAGCUGCUGCCUGCUUCCUUCAGCCUGACACGUUCAGUAUUUCUUUUUGGGUUUCCUAGAGCCGGCUAACAGCUGAAAGAACGACUACAGGGCGCUCCUGCUGAGUUGCCGGCCGGCUUUUUGGAUCUGAUCACAACUGGACAGGCGGGCUGGGGCUAAACAGGAUUGUAAAGAGGAUCAGAGAGACUGUGGUGUUGUCUGAGUAACUGACGACUGAUCUACAAGACUUGCCUUUUGGAUUUAAAGAAACAAAAAAAAAGAAAAAGACUGACCCUGACCCACAGUCUCUCACUGUUCUGGAUCACAGCUGAGUUAAUAGAGGUGGUCUGCACAAGGCUGGUGUGGAGGAUCUGACCCCAACUGACCCUGUCUCGCAAGUAGCCUUUCACUGAGCCCGGACUGGGAAAAGGGACAAAUAAAAGUGCAAGAGAGGUGUCGUGGAGGACAGACGAAAGGCAGAGGAGCAGCACAGCGACCGCUCGUGCAGAAUGCCAGUGGAGACCCUGCGGCCCUCAGAUGGCCGUCUGGCCGGGGUCCCCUUUACCUCUGCCAUGCCUUUCAGGAUACUCAAUAAGGGUCCGGAUUAUUUCCGCCGACAGGCCGAGCCCGGGGCCCGCAAACUGAGCGCCGUGGAGCGCCUGGAGGCCGACAAGGCCAAGUAUGUUAAAAGCCAGCAGGUGGCACUCACCCGCCAGGCCCCCAUCCAGCCUCCAAUCAUCCGCAAGCCCCUCGUCCCUUCGGGGAUGAUGAUCAACACCCCUCCAGCCCGGAAAGUUAACCGAUCGCCGGCUGAGGGGGAGAACGCUGCAGGCAGGCAGGGAGCAGGAGACAGGAGACGACCUGCUCUAAACUUGGAUAUUCUAAAUAACCUAAUCAAUGACGUAUGUGAUGGACCAUCACAUUGUUCCCAGUCCUCUUCCUCCACCUCCCCUUCCUCGUCAUCUCCGUCAUCGGGAGCUAAGAGCAUCAGUAGCAGUCUUUCAGGAGAGCAGGAGAGGAGCAGCCGACUCUCCAACAACCUCAAACCUUUGAAUCACGCCCUCGCCAACUCAUCGUCCACCUCCUCCUGCACCUCCUCUCCACUCAACAAUCAUCUUCGGACGGCGGCAGCAGAAGUGACUCGACGUCCACCCCCUGUGCCAGCUCGCGCCCCCCGCUUUGGCGUUCCAGUUCCCUACAGCUCCCCUAACUCGGUGACAGUACGCAGGGUGGACGUUCGGCCUCAUGCUGAGAUACGGAAGCCCCAGAGAGCUCAGCUGCAGCCACAGCUCAGGCCCAGACAGACACCCCAGGGCCAAGUCGCACACCCCCAAGUCCCACCCCCGUCACCCCCUCCCCCCUCUCAGAAUCAACCGCAACCCCUCCCUCAGUCAUCCCAAGCCAUCCCUGCUCCUUCAGCCUACCUGCCACCCAGUCCAAUGCUAGUCCGAGCAGGCAUGAUCCCUCCAGCCUCACCCGCUUUCACCCGCAUCUCAAACGCCAGCUCCAAAGGGUCUGCCCGCAAGCACCCAUCACUGCACCGCUCCAAGUCGGACCUGAGCGACCGCUACUCCCGUGCCACAGCCGACCUGGAGCGUUUCUUUAACUACUGCGGGUUAGACCCCGAGGAGGUGGAGGGAAUGGGCGGGGUGGAGCGCUUCACGAGGGCCAACUCAGACAUUGUGUCAGUCUCCAAGCUCCGAAGCGUUAGCACGCCCAGCUCGGAGUGUGGGGACGACCGGGUCAGGGAGGACGAGGACGACGAAGACGACGGUCCGUCAAGGGCCAACGAGCGGGUCCCGUAUGGCAUCUCUGUCAUUGAGAGGAACGCUCGAGUCAUCAAGUGGCUGUACGGCAUCCGACAGGCGAGAGAUUCUAACAACGCCGUCUCUAACGUAUAGACCGUCAGGGACUCGGACUCCUGUUUGUUCAUCUUUUGCUGCCUUACGUUACAGAUACGGAUAAUCCUGCAGUUGAUGUGUUUCCUGUAAAGACUUUCUUUUUUGUUCUCGGAAUUUCACAUCAGAUGUCUAGAAAUGGGCUGCAAGUCAGUACUUGCAGCGGAAGAUGCACCCCCCCCCUCUCCCUUUUGUAGGUCUUGUAUAACAAUAUUGGUAUUGAAAGCAAUAAUAGUCAGAGAAUGGUGAGGAUGAAGGCAGAGGAUGAUUGCGAUAGGGUCUCCUUAUGUAAAGGUACUCUGUGUGUGUGUGUGUGUCUGUGUGUGUGCGUGUGUGUGUUUUGGCACAAAGGCAGACUGCCACUGAGCAAGCCAGGAAGAAAACCACGUUGAUACUGUGAAACUUUUUCACACAAAAAGCUUCUACGAUCAUAUUCCUGUUUUUUGUUUUCAAAAACCUUUUAGGCUGUUGGACUGUUAUUAUACACGUUUGUGUCAGCAUGCAAGUGAAUCAUUUGUAUACAUUAUAUUUUAGGGUAUGUCAUCAAGCACACGUCUUCCUUGCACAGAAGUUUGCUGCACUGACUCACGUUCAGGUCAAUUACAGUUAGUGCUGUCUGUAUAUCGGAGUGCAACGUCUUCUAAUUGUGCGCAUCCGCAACACUUUCUCACAUCGUGGCUCACGCUGUGCUGGUGCAGCCCGAGAAAUCAGUUUGCUGUGUAUGUCCCUGCACGUAUGAGAGCAAGUCAUAUGAUGAAGGAUGAGCUCACAUGUAGAUGGUUGAAGUACGUGUAACAUGACAAAGAUAUUUAGCCUCCAGGGUGGGAAAAAAUUGGAGGGAAAAACGAAAAGAUGGAUGAAAGGAAGACUGAAAAGAGAAUACUCAUGGAUCAAAAGAAAAGCUAUCUUUGCUGUAUGAAUAUGUCUGCAGCUCUGAAAGUGUCUCAGGAAGAUGGCAUACUAACAAAAUGGACCAAUAUUUAUUUGGAAAAUGUAAUUUAAUGUAUUUUUUAAUAUUGGAUGACUUUGUGUACAGAAUUCAAUCUCUGUUCUUAAGUGCAAUCUGAUGGUGUUUACUAGAAUCACAGUAUAUGUAGGAUGACAGUUAAAUCCAGGAAGGAGACAAAUGCAAAGUGUGAAUGUUGCACCUGUCUCUCUGUGGGGAGCACAGAAAGUGAGACUGUUGUGUAUUUAUUCAACUUCCUGUUUGUCUGGGAACAAGAGGUCUGUCUCCUCCCUCACCCUGUGUGAGUUCUCUCGAGUUCUCCUCUGCAUCUACUGCCUUCGUAAGCUAUCCAGCAGUGUGAGUGGCGGUCACGUUUCCUCAGACGAGAGGGCCGGAGAACACAGGAGCUGUGACGGUGGUGAACAAAGUAUGCUGUUGAGUCCAUCACUCAAUGCCCAAAGAAUCUUCAAGAGAUGAGAGAUGGAAAAUGCUUUACCAUGGUGUAUUCUGAGCAGUUAAUAAAAAAAAAAAAAAGUUCAAUUACGUUACUCUUCGUGGUUUUUCUUUAUUUCUCUCUAAAUAUUAAGGCAGAUGGUGGUGCUUCCAGCAUAUGGCUCCAAACAGUCACUCCUCUGAUUUAUUUGGUGUUUAUGAUAGGCUGCUGCCGAGUCCAGCUCAGUUCAUUUGAAGCAGGUCUGCUUUAAAUUAUAUUUCAACAUGAAUAAUUGACACAUGGCAAUCUGACAUCAGCACAAAAUUGCUGAGCAAGUUGUAAUCAGUAACACCAGGUUAGGAGCUACUGUUAUGUUUUUACUCAAAAGUACUGAAACGGAUAUUUAGUGAGACGGAACGAACUGCAGUGUAGAUAAAGUCUGACUUUCCUUCACUGUGCCAUUUGUGACACCUUUUUCAGAGAUCUGGACCUUUUAGGUCUUUAAACUGCUUUAUUUAAGGGGAGGCAGUGUGAAAGGGGCCCAUUUCUAGCAGCAGCUUUGCAAUCAAAAGCUGAAACUCCAUCUAACUCCAGAAUCUCUGCUUUUGGGGUUUGGAAGGUGACCGAAAAGCUUAGUGCUUUAUGGAUCAAAGGACACGUGCAGAGAAGUGGCUCAUGCUGGAGUAGCCUGAAACACUCCUCAGUGAUUCUGUUAUUGUUUGAUUCCACUGCAACUGACUUGAAAUAAACAUGCAUGUGGUGCAAGAUGUAUGCUAGUUCUCGAGAGUUGUGCGCUUUAAAGACUAAGAACUCAGUUGUGGACUUGUUAGGGUAUUUGUAAUUGAUAGAUUUAUUUUAUCACAUAAGUGUUUGAUCCUAAAGCUGCAGAGAGUUUCCAGAACAUAUUAAAUAUACUCAACAAUUCAGGCAAGAUGCAGUGUCAAAGCCCGGAAGUGUAAGAAUAUUUUGUACUAAUGAUGAAUAAACUUACUUUAAUAUGUUUUGUAAGGAAUAACAUUUAGUUUCAACUCAACCAUCCUGGGUUUUUGAACAGUCUGGGAUCCAGUUCACUGUAAACUAUAAUUUCAUCACCCCUCCAGACCAACUCUUCAGAUCAAACACCACUUCAGAUGAGUAGUUCUGGUUUCUAAUGUCUGUGUUAUGGCAUUUUCAAACAGCUGGACUGAGGUUCUUGUUUCAUGCCUGAAACCAGUACUUUCAAACCCUGGUAUGGUCUCAUUCAUUAUGUCUGCCAAAACAUAGCUUUGAUUGACAUUCUCUUGACUGGUUUUUAGUGUGUGGGUGGCUAGAGAGUUGAAGUGUGAUGAAGUGGGGAACUUUGUUGCAAAUGAUAAAUAUUGCUGCCUGGAACCUGGGUUUGGGCAUCACGACAGCAGCCUGCUUCAUCUCCCAAGCAGCUCUGAUGAACAGUCAGCAACACUGAGCUGGAAGGAGAGAAGUAGAAAAUCUAACUGACCAAUGGCCUGUGAAGCCUGUGAAUGGAGCUAAAUAACAAGAAAGAAAAUUGGGGUAAAGACUUGUGCGAGAAUUGAAUGGACUUCUGAGCAUACGGUAACUUGGUCAAAACAGCUGGGUAUUCCUUUAAAUCGCAGUAAGUUAACUUACAAUGAAAAUGUUACUACCGAGGAAUCGGGUAAUGUUUCCAGCAACUAGUCAUGUGUGCCAUUAUAGUGUAGAAGAAAGGUGAGCACCAACCAAAUAUGAAAUGCAAUCAUAAAAACCUUUAUUUAUUUUUUGCUGAAUGACCAGAAGUGUUUUUGCAGAAC